UUAUCUCCCUUUGCAUGAUGACCAAAAUUUUUACGUGAAAAGCUGCUGUUCAAGUUUUGUCUUGGGAAUAUCUGUACUUUUACUCCAGUAAAUAUAUUCACGAAUGCCAGAGCUAUAGUAUCAAAUUUGAUGUUAUUUGAUGUUGAUGAAAUGAACAGCGUAGCUGUUUUACUACCAAAAAUACCAUUACCAGUCAAGUGCCCUUUGAAUUUACCGACUUUUUAAUCGUAAAUUAUAACAGAUCCCCGUGAACUUUAAACACAUUCCAGUAGAUUAAUUUUAUAUGUGACGGUGGUGUAUAUUUUAAAAAAUAUAUUUUAUCAUGAACUUUAUUUAUAAUUUGUAUCCAGUUAGAGCUGUGUUUAGUAUUUUUCAAGUGGUGACUAGCUGGAUAACACCAAGAAAUUGGUUUCGAUGGAAACCCACUUCAGCAGGUCAAUUAGAAAAAGUUGAACAAAAAAUCCUUAACUAUUGUAAAAAUUUAUCAGAGAAAAAGUUUGUGCCUAUUAAAUCAGAAGAGAUAUGGACAGUUGUUUUAAACAAAGAAAAAGAGGAAGAACACACUCCUCUUGUGAUGGUUCAUGGUUUCGGGGGAGGUGUUGGUUUAUGGAUACAGAAUUUGGAUGACUUGUCUGAGAAAAGAACAGUUUAUGCAUUUGAUUUGCUUGGUUUUGGAAGAAGCUCAAGACCAACCUUUAAUCGAGAUCCGAAUUUAGCAGAAUCAGAAUUUAUAGAUUCCAUUGAAGAAUGGAGGAAGAGUGUUAAAUUGGACAAAUUUGUUUUAAUGGGACAUAGUUUGGGUGGGUUUUUAGCCAGCGCAUAUGCUAUAAAAUAUCCUAAAAGUGUACAACAUCUUAUAUUGGCUGAUCCAUGGGGCUUUCCAGAGAAACCACCUGUGAAUCAAGAACAACAGCGACUACCAGGCUGGAUUAGACUGCUAGCUACUAUGAUAAAACCAUUUAAUCCACUGGCUGGUUUACGGGCUGCAGGACCAUGGGGUCCAUCCUUGGUUCGCCGUAUUCGACCAGAUUUAAGAGAAACAUUUUCAGAAGUACUGGAAGAUGAUACAAUUUUUAACUAUAUUUAUCACUGUAAUGCACAAAAACCAAGUGGAGAGGCUGCUUUUAAAACCAUGACAAUACCAUUUGGAUGGGCCAAAUUUCCCAUGAUAAAUCGUAUGACAGAUAUCCCGAGCCAUUUACCUGUGACCUUUAUUUAUGGGUCCCGUUCAUGGAUAGAUAGAAGUGUUGGUCACAGGGUCAAAUAUAUACGCAAUGACAGUUACGUAGACAUACAGAUUAUACCAGGUGCUGGACAUCAUGUAUAUGCAGAUAAACCCCAAAUAUUUGAUAGAAUAGUGAAGAAAAUUUGUGAUACUGUUGAUCAUAACAUUGCUUUAGAACAAAGAAAAUCGCAAUUAGCUACAGAAAAAGAAAGAAAUCUAGGCGAUGAGGUGCAGGAUGAAUGAUGCCAUAUUGUACUGUGAGUUUUAAUUUGUGUAAACCAAUGUGAUAUGACUUGAUAUUUGACUUUAGGGUGUCUAUAUUUUAUUUAAAAGAGUUAAACCACAAACUCAAUAUUAUCAAUAACCAUUUCAAUCAAUAUUGAUGUUACAUUUUUACUAUUUUUGUUUUGGUUUUGAUUUCUUAAUUUAAUUUAAUUGAUGUUUCACAUUGUCUGUGACAGAUGCCUUUAUUUGCAGGCUUAAUUGAUGAGCUAGGUUCAUAGUUCCUGAAUUAAAGGGACAUAACUCUAUUAAACAUUUGGAAGCCACCAGCAGGCCAGGCACCAUAAUAAUUAUUAAGUAUAGGAGCCUAAUAAACAUUAUUGACAAUCAUCAAUGGCACAGGACAGUUAUGAAUUGAUUCACCGUUUAUCAGGGAAUGAAGAAAAAGCCAAAUGACUAUAAGUGGCUUUAACGCUUGAGCUCUAUAGACUACUCUGAUUCUGUAAAGAAAAUUAGAGAAAAGUGACAUAUUUUAUACGGGUAUAUACCCUGGAUAGCCUGAAACCCUCUGCAACUACUGCUCCAUGGACCCCCUCAAACUAUCAGUGUUAUGUGAAUAACUCUCCGUAUUGUAGGACCUUGGGUGCUACAGCUAUUCACAGGACACAGGUGAUUGGGCCGAGUUGGUCUACUAAGCCCUAGUGACGAGACGUUUCAGGUGGCCCAAGUCCUAAUAUACCAUAUUAAUUUGAAGUUUUAUUGGUUGAAUGGGGUACAUGAUUUAAUGUUGUAUGAAAAUAUUAGUUUUAUUUUUUUUUAUUAUAAUGUUUUAAAUACUGAAUAUAAAUUGAUUUUUUUGUUACAUUUGUAUUGAGACAUUAUUUUUUGUUUUAUAUGUAUCUAUAUUGUCAAGGAAUCUGUUCAUCUUGUAUUUAUAUGAAUUAUUUUUCUCUGUAUAUUUCAAUGAAACUUCAACAAAACGUGCCUUUUGAUAUUUCUGGAACUUUGGAAGCGAUGCAGUUAACUGUUUUUAUAUUUCACAAUCAGAUUUCAGCAGAUUUAAUGCCACAUGUAUUUUGUGAUAUUCUUUGCAUAAUUACGUAAUUUAAAUAGUAUUUUAUUCAUUUAAAAAAAACCAAGUUGUUUGGGAAACAAGCCAAGGCUAACUAAUAUCAGUUAUCUGAGCCAUUAAAACUGAAUACUGUAGACAGUGUUUAAAACUGAUUACUGUAGACAGUGUUUAAAUCUGAAUACAGUUGACAGGUAUUUAAAAAUGAAUACUGUAGACAGUGUUUAAAACUCAAUACUAUAGACAGUGUUUAAAUAUGAAUACUAUAGACAGUGUUUAAAACUGAAUACUUUAGAGCAGACAGUGUUUAAAACUGAAUACUAUAGACAGUGUUUAAAUAUGAAUACUGUAGACAAAAUAAAUGUUUAAAACUGAAUACAGUUGACAGGUAUUUAACACUGACAAAAUGGUAGGAUUUAAGAUAGUAGAAAUAGACGUGGUAUAAUGUCUUAUAAGACAAAUAAAUGAGCUCUUCUUAUUUCGUUGAUUUACAAGAUUGUCUGCUGUGCUAAUAUAACGAAUCAAAGGUUCCUGGUUCAUAGUAGUACUAUCAAACUUGUUCUUUAAGAAGAGUGUAUGUUAAAGACAGGCAUAUGCCAUACAGUGUGCAUUGAUGAAAUUUUGCCUGGACAGCGGCACUAUGGCCUACUCUUAUAUCGAAUACCAACUGCCAAAGGAUCUUUUAUGUGCACGCCAAUAUGUACACGAGACCUUGGUUUUUCGUCCCAUCCGAAUUAUUAGACAGCUAUCCUUGUUAGACCCUCUGUCCUGUAACACUGACAAGGCUCACAUAGAAUGCUGAUUUUACUAUUCUAAAUCCUUAUUCUAAUGCUAUUGGAAUAUUCUAAAUCCUUAUUCUAAUGUUAUUAGAAUAUUUUAAAUCCUUAUUAUAAUGUUAUUGGAAUUGGAAUAUUCUAAAUCCUUAUUCAAAUGCUAUUAGAAUAUUCUAAAUCCUUAUUCUAAUGUUAUUGGAAUAUUGUAAAUCAUUCUUCGAAUGCUAUUGGAAUAUUCUAAAUCACUAUUAGAAUAUCAAAUUCAAAUGAAACUAAUAAUUAUUGGACUAUUGUUUGGAAUCAGUAUAUUUUUCAUCUAUAUGUUUGUUUUGUUUAUUUUUGAAUAUUAGUUGGUUUAGUGAAUGAAUGUUAUUACCGGUGAAUAUUGCAGAGACAAUGAACAGAGCAGGUUCCAAUAGUUUUAAUUGAAUAACAAUUACUAGAUAAUCUGUUACAAUUGUAUGUUUGAAUAUUUGUGUGUGAUAUCUAACAGAAAUAGUUUAAUAAAAUACACUUUAGGGCUUGGAAAGAGUUUUGGAUAAGAUAUCAUUGUAUCACAAUGCCAUUGGAGGCAGCAUACAGCAUGUACAAAAUAUGAAAACUAUAAAAAAAAAGCCUUGAGACAGUCAUCCUCUGUAUCCCCAGUGGUCUCAUUCAGCUCCACUCCACUAUACCCCUGGGUUCAUCCAUAGUGGUAACAUAGCGACUUGCCACAGCUUGUUUGACCGACAUAAAAACAUCUUUCCCAUCUAAAAGAUAUAGGAGAUCUUUUUGUUUGCAUGUAACUUCUUUUAUAAAUUUCUCAGGCCGCCAUAUUGUUGUGAACGUAAACAACUAGGCUAAGAUCAAGGGCAGAUAAUUUGAAUGUGUGAAUACCCCAUGGAUGAACUCAGGGUAUAGUGGAGUAUAAUGGAAUGAGACCACUGGGGAUACCGAGGAUGCAUGACAGUAAGCAUAAUUGUGAACAUGCAUACCUGUAUUAUUUGCUUGAUAAGGACGAGAGUAUCCUCGUCAAAACGUUGCUUAGUAUUAAACUCAGUAAUUGUGUUUCCAUAAAAUUGUACCAUGGGAUAAUAGCAUAAUUGUGAAUCAUAUAAAUGAAAUGGGGUUUAACUAACAUCCUACUGUUGAGAGACAUUUUUUAAUGUAUUUAUUUGAUCCCGAUAUCCCUUGGUGUAUGCUGAUGUUUAGCAAAAGCACAAUCUAUAAAAGUGCAUACAGCAUCGGUUAUUUUGGCUGGUUAGUUGAACAUGUUGAUGAAGUAAAAGGAAUAGGGAAGGUAGUGUGAAUAUACUUUAGUAUUAAUUCAUCAUAGAAGUUACAGCAACUUUGAGUAGGAAGAUUGACAGUAUGUUGACUUUUAGUAAUUAUCUUUUAUUAUGAAUUCAUGUUGUUUGUGUUAUAAAACAAGCAGUAGUUUUACUUUUAACUUGUUAUUGAUAAAAGAUUUAAGGCAUAUUGAAUACUGUUGAUUAUGACUAGUAAAAUCUAUUUAUAUUUUUACUGUAGAAAUAACUUGCUAUGCAUGUACAUGAGUCUGAUGUAGGCCAAACCAAUUUUGUUUUUAUUUCUUUGAGCUCUUGAUAUAUAAAUAGCCAACCAAGCCUUGUGAACAAUGUUUUGUUUAAGAUUUCAAGACUUUUAAAAUGGCAAAUUAAACCUUGUGAGAAGAGCAAUCAAGCACUUUUUGUUCAGAAAUUAGUUUUGGGAAGGGUGGUGGAGGGGAGGGGUCGAAGAAAUAGGAAGCAAAAUUGGAAUAGGUGUUCCAGAAGAACAAAAAUUCAGAUUGGUGUGGCCUAAGUUGCCAAUACAACUUUUAAUAAUCUGAUCAGGAUUAAACUGCCAGGACAAUAUGUAUUCAUUGAAUUUAAAGGCCCAAAAAGUCUAUAUUAGUACUUUGAAAUUCAUGACAGACAAUAGUGUGUUCUUUCUUUGUGUAAUGAAUACCUUUAUUGAGAUAUUUUAUUAUAUAAAAUAGACAAAGGAUUCAAUGAAUACCUGUUAUUAAACUAUAGAUUUCAUGUGAUUGUUCAAAUAUUUUAUUAUAUGAAAAAGAGAAAGGAUUCAAUAAAAAAAUUUAAACUUGU